GGACCUUCAGUUUAAAUCAAUAUCAAUAUCAAUAUGUGUUCAUUUGUUCAGUUACACACUAAUGUUCUAUCAUCACUACUUCUCUUCUAAACUUUCAGCAAAAAAAGCAAAACUAAGAACUACAGAGUAACAAGGCAAAGCAAACAACUGUGGCUCUAAGUUUGUACGCUCUCCCACAAGUGAGCACUCUAAAGGCUAAAGCUCCAAAGUUUUGCAUGACCUCUACUCUUAACCACUCCUCACAUAAGGGAGUCGAAAGUACGAAAAACCCUCACAACCGUGCUAGCGGAACACUUAUAAAUCAAGUAACAUAUUCAAUGCCACUAGAAAAGAUUGAGAUCUUCAACUCCUUAGAAAAUUGGGCAUCAGACAACAUCUUGGUGCACCUAAAGCCUAUUGAAAAAUGCUGGCAACCACAAGAUUUUCUUCCUGAACCGAAUUCAGACGCCUUUUACGAACAAAUCAAAGAGAUGCAAGAGAGAGCAAAGGAGGUUCCAGAUGAUUAUUUUGUUGUUUUGGUUGGACAUAUGGUUACUGAAGAAGCUCUUCCUACUUACCAAACUAUGCUUAAUACUAUGGAUGGAGUGCGAGACGAAACCGGGGCUAGUCCGACUUCAUGGGCAACUUGGACUAGAGCUUGGACUGCUGAAGAAAAUAGACAUGGUGAUCUUCUUAACAAGUAUCUGUAUCUCUCUGGUCGUGUUGACAUGAGAGCCGUCGAAAAGACGAUUCAGUAUUUGAUUGGCUCAGGAAUGGACCCAAAAGCUGAAAACAAUCCAUAUUUAGGUUACAUAUACACAUCAUUUCAAGAAAGGGCAACAUUCAUAUCUCAUGGAAAUGCAGCAAGGCUAGCCAAACAACAUGGUGAUCUGAAGCUAGCACAAAUCUGUGGCCUUAUUGCUGCAGACGAAAAACGACACGAAACAGCUUACAGCAAAAUAGUGCAGAAACUGUUUGAAAUAGACCCUGAUACAACCAUCCUCGCUUUUGCUGAUAUGAUGAGGAAGAAGAUCUCUAUGCCGGCCCAUCUCAUGUAUGAUGACCGCGAUUACAACUUGUUUGAUCAUUUUGCUGCUAUUGCUGCUCGGCUUGGAGUUUACUCUGCCAGGGAUUAUGCUGAUGUUAUGGAGCAUUUGGUGGGUUAUUGGCAGGUUGAGAAGCUCACCGGGCUUUCGUCCGAAGGGCGAAAAGCUCAGGAGUAUGUAUGUGGAUUGCCCCAAAGGAUUAGGAUUAUAGAUGAGAGGGCUCGAGAGAAGGCAAAACAAGCACCUUCUGUUUCAUUUAGUUGGGUCUAUGAUAGAGAAGUCAAUCUUUGAGUUUUAGAAGCUAUAUUAUGGUCCUUUUUUAAAAAAAAAUGUGGUGUGAUCUAGUUGAUUUGCUCAUUUUGUGCAAAUGAGCAAAUUUGUUAAUAACUUAGCUUGUACAUUGGAAUAUUUUAAGUUGUAAUAAUAAGUUUUUAAAUUUCUUCAAAUAAUGUCAAA